ACCGCACAGAAAAAAGAUUAAGUGAGCUGGAUUUGUCCCCGAGGCUGAUUCGUUUUUAAAUAAAAGAGAAAGAUGAGAAAGAGAUGGAGCCCAAGCAUAAAGAGUUGUUGGAGAAAUGUUACCAGAACUUGGUGGAGUCGAUAACAGAAGCGGACCGAGUGGUGGAUGUGUUGGCUCACUGCGGGACCCUCAGCCAGUCUGAACGCUACGAGCUGGGACACAACUGCGCCUCCAACUCGGAAAAAGUGGACCUUCUCCUGAAGAUCCUGAUAAGCAAGGACAGAGACCAUUUCGCAGAGUUCUGCACGGCCCUGGAGAAGACUCACCCUCACCUGCACUCUGUGCUGCUCAAUGGCACCGGCCCAGUGGAUCACACUACUGGGUCCACUUACAGCAUCUUGUCCACCAUGCCGUCGGACUCCGAAAGCAGCAGCUCUCUCAGCAGCUUAGGUACGCCCGGUCAAGCCUCCUCCCCUCCGCCCGCCCACAUGGACAGCCACCAGGUGAACGAGAAGAUGGAGACGGUUCUGUUCCAGCUCAGACACGUGACCCGCGAGAGGGACGAACUACGUAAACGUCUGGCUCUCUCUUCACCUGGAACCACCUUCGAUGACUGCAGACCAAACUCAAAAACAGGUCAUGACUAUGAGCGUCUGAAGCUGCAGUGCAUGAAAGCGAUGGCAGACCUGCAAUCCCUGCAGAACCAGCACAGCACCACCCUGAAGAGGUGCGAGGAGGCUGUGAAGAAAGCAGACUUCUACCAUACGCUGCAGAGCCGUAUGGCGAGUGAGCACGCACAGUUAAAAGACGAGCUGGAGGCAGUGAGACAGGACAACAUCCAGCUGGUCAGGGAGCACAACCACGUUAAGCAGGCCUGCGAGGAGCUGAGGAGGCUGCACGACGAUGACCAGAGAGAGGUGGCAGACAUGAGGAUGCUGCACCAGCAGGUGAUGAGAGAGGGGUCAUCUGACGUCCUCAACAAGCUGUAUGACACAGCCGUGGACAAGUUGGAGGCCAUGAAGAGUGACUACGAGGCUCUGAGGAAGCACUACAACGAGAAGACAGCUGGUCACAACGCAGACCUGAGUCGCCUGGACCAGGCUGAGGAGGAGAACCACAGGCUGCAGAAACAGCUGGACAUGCUUCUGAAGCAGAGAGACGCUGCCAUCCACUAUCAGCACCAGUACUCCUCGUCUAUAAGAAGGUUUGACAACACCCAACAAGAACUGUCCAAGGCUGCAGCCCAGAACAAGGAGCUGCAGCGCGAGAUGGAGCGGCUACAGUCAGAGGUGACGCGACUGAAGACCCAGCAGCUCAAGGCGGCGAAAGACAGUGAGAAAUACAAGGAGGAGCGGGACUCCGUGAUCAGCGAGUACCGCCUGAUCAUGAGCGAGCGGGACCAGGUGAUCAAAGAGGUGGACCGGCUUCAGACUGGGCUGGAGAUGGCAGAGGCGAAGCUGAAGAACACUUCCUCAGAGAGACGAGUGGCCAACGAGGAGCUGGAGGCUCUCAGACAGGAGCUGGCUUCAGCACUGAUGGACAGGGACCGGGCCAUCUGUGAAAAGAACGAACUGUUGGAGAAAUACUGCCACGAGGUGAAGGACAAGGCCGAGGCCCAAAAGGAGCUGAGCCAGGCCUGCAAGGACAUUGAGACGGUGCGGGAGGAGAGGGACGUGGCGCGCAAGGAGAGGACGGAGGCCAUUAUCCAGAGGGACCAGCUGCUGCGAGAGUAUUACCAGGCCAGACAGAAACAAGACUCUGCCACUCUGGACAUGGAACGAGCCAACAAGGAGAUCGAUAUACUGAGGAAGCAGUACGAGGCCAUCUCUCAGGAGCUGAAGGAGGCCCUGCAAGAGGCCGAGGUAGCCAAGUGUCGACGCGACUGGGCCUUUCAGGAGAGGGACAAGAUAGUGGCAGAGAGGGAGAGCAUACGUACGCUGUGUGACAACCUGAGGCGAGAGAGGGACAGAGCUGUGAGUGAUCUGGCAGAUGCUCUCAGAAAUCUGGAUGACACGAGGAAACAGAAGAACGAUGCUGCACGGGAACUCAAAGAACUAAAAGAAAAGAUGGAGGACCAGUUAGAAAAGGAAGCCAGGUUUCGUCAGCUAAUGGCUCACAGUUCACAUGAUUCAGCCAUUGACACAGACUCAAUGGAAUGGGAGACGGAAGUUGUAGAAUUUGAGAAGCACAGAGAUAUGGAUUUGAAAGCACUGGGGUUUGAUAUCGCUGAAGGGGUAAAUGAUCCUUAUUUACCAGGAGAUUGUGGUAUAUUUGUCAGUAAGGUGGAUAAAGGAAGUAUGGCUGAAGGAAGACUAAGGGUGAAUGAUUGGUUGUUAAAAAUUAAUGAUGUGGACCUGACAAAUAAGGAUAGGAAGCAGGUGAUCAAAGCGGUACUGAGUGGUGAGGGAGUGAUCAAUAUGGUGGUUCGUAGAAGGAAGUCACUGGGAGGACGGAUUAUCACUCCAAUCCAGAUAAACCUCGCUGGACACAAAGACAGUGGCAUAGGUCUGGAAAGUGGGGUGUUUGUUGCCACUUUGGCUCCAGGCAGCCCAGCUGCCAGAGACUGCGCUCUUACUGUUGGGGAUAGACUGUUAGCUAUCAAUGGAAUUGCACUCGAUAACAAGUCACUCUCUGAAUGUGAGUCUCUGCUGAGGAACUGCCGUGAUUCUCUCAGCAUCUCCCUCAUGAAGUUCCUCCCACAGAGUUGUUCUGGCCAGAGUUUAUAUGAAAGUUUGAGAGACUCAGAAAAGAUCUCUCGGCUCCAGUCCUGUGAGAUCCACGCCAGGAACUGCAGGAACUCCAAGCACAACUGCUCCAAGCACAACUGCUCCACACAAACAGACGUUUGCAGCUGUGACAGAGGGAACGAAGUGUGUAAAGAUACAGGUGACUCUCUGGACAGCAGCGGCAGCAGUGUUCACUGCCACCACAAGCCUUUUUCCAACAGCUCCCUACACUCCCGCUCCCUUUCCACCUCCCACAGUCCCUCAGAGCCCCACCCGGACUUCUGUUACAGGAGGCAGGAGCUCCAAAACCGCACCUUCACCUUCACCCCCGCGCUCUCUGAUUGCAGCUCGCCUCAGACCGCUGUGGACCGAGUGCAGAGCUCACAAGCAAAGCCCAGCGGAGGCACGUGGCCUAAAGUCAUAGUGGGAGCAUCUAUUCCAGAGUGUGCCCAGCUCUCCAUCUACAAAAAAGCCAAACAGAGGAAGUCCAUCUUUGAUGUGAGCGCUUUCAGAAGGCCAGAGGCAAAACUGGACUACAUGUCUCUUUCUCAGUUGCCCAAGCACUCGCCUCAGAGCUCCAUAUCUGAAUCCGCUCAGACCCCUCCCACCCCGCCAACCAGGAGCGACUCGUUCAGGUUCAAACAUCGCCAGCAGAACAGCUCAGCGUCAGACUCCACCAUCAUCACCGGCACUCCCCUAGCCUCCCCGACCCAACCCGCGAUUCCACAGGAUGAGGGAGAGGCAGGGAACCAACAUUAUUUCACCGAUGCUCCCCCAGGAGAGACCAAGAGCGGUUCUAAGAAACCUGCUGAGGGGGAGAGGAGUCGACGCAGGCCAGAGGAGCAGGGGAAGAGAAGGUACCGGCCAAAAUCAGCACCGGCACUGCGGCGGAAUGUGACUCCAUUACACAUCCCUGUUCCCAUGCAGGUACAGAGUUUUUCAAACGACGAGCACUCUCCGGAGCCGAUGGACCUGUUACGCUUCUCUCCUAUGCGAACUAAUCGGUACAGCAUGCCCUUUGCACCCCCCAGCUACAGCAGCGUCGCACCCCACCCAGCACAGCGAGGUUUGGCCCCGUGUCCUGCUGUGACAGCUGUGAUGAAGAACCCGGUCUACACCGCCUGGAGCCAUGAGAUCAAGACCAACAACUGUCCUCCAGCUCCCAGCUCAGGCGUCCACCCACAUUCACACACAAGCCCCCAGCAUCAAGGUCGCCUCAGUCUGGACCUCAGCCACAAACACGCUGGAGACUUGAAUGAGACGAGCUGCAGCCAACCACCGCACAGCACCAACUCCCUGCCCUCGGGUACCAGACUGGACUCCUCCACUCCACAGUUUAGGGCAGAACGCAUUAAGAUCCCUCCGACUCGUUAUCCCCGCUCCACUGGAUCUGACAGAGGCUCCCUCUCACAUUCUGAGUGCAGCAGCCCAACACCUCCAAUGUCCCCUGUCAACCUAGAGACAUCGUCUUUCACCAGCAGCCAAUCACAGAGCUCCAUUUCCACCCAGCCUAGGAUAUCAGUCAGCCCCGCUCCGGUUGGCGACAGGCGGAAGGAUGGAUUUGUCUCUUAUAACACUUCCUCUGUCAGACUUCCACUGGCAGUUAAGCCCAAGUUCCUCUCUUUAAGAAGCUUGAGGCCAUACUUGGAGGAGCCACGCAAUGUGACAGUACAGAAAGGAGCAGAACCACUGGGGAUCUCCAUUGUGAGUGGAGAGAACGGGGGAGUAUUUGUGUCCAAAGUGACAGCAGGCAGCAUCGCUCAUCAAGCCCGUUUAGAGUACGGAGACCAACUCCUCGAGUUUAACGGAAUCAACCUGCGAAAUGCCAACGAGCAGCAGGCCCGGCUGGUGAUCGGGCAGCAAUGUGACACGGUCACCAUUUUGGCUCAGUAUAAUCCUCACAUGUUUCAGCUGGGCAAUCACUCUCGUUCAGGUUCUCGCAUGGAGUCCAUCAGCAACCAGCCGACCCCCCAAGACAGCGGAGCCACCACCCCGGACAAUCACUCCACCGUGGAUACACUGAGUGAGCAGGACGAGGGCACCAUGACGCCGCCGUCCAAACAGACAACUCCUGCCACCAGCCCUCACAGCUCCUUCAGGCUUCCUGGUUCAAGCACGUGGCGGGCUGCAGAGCCUCGGCUGGUGAGGUUGAAGAGGAUCCAAGUAGAGCUGGGAGUUCAGAUCUGUGGAGGGAACCUGUAUGGCAUCUUUGUAGAAAGUCUGGAUGACGACAGCCCUGCUAAGAGUCCUGAUGGCCUGCUGCCUGGAGACUUAAUACUGGAGUACAACGGCAUCAACAUGAAGAACAAAACGAAAGAAGAAGCUUACCUGGAAAUGUUGAAACCAGCUGAAACAAUCACAUUCAAGGUCCAGAACUGCGUGGAUGACCUUACUGCGAUCAAAGAGUCACAUGGAGACGGAUUUUACAUAAGAGCACUUUAUGAGCGGGUGGCAGAGGUGGAGCAGGAACUGAGCUUUAACAAAGAUGACAUCCUGUAUGUGGAGGAUACGCUACCAAAUGGCAACUUUGGCUACUGGAUGGCCUGGCAACUUGACGAGAAUGCACAGAAGCUGGGAAAGGGGCAGAUUCCAAGUAAAUACAUGAUGGACCAGGAGUUCUACAGGAGACACAGCAUGGCCGACAAAGACGAUAACGGCACCAACAAGACUCUGUCUGCUGCCGCACGGAGAUCCUUCUUCCGGCGGAGGCUGAAACACAAACGCAGCGGAUCCAAGGAUGGGAAGGAUCUGAUGGCUCUGGACGCCAUAAGCACCGACUCUUUACCCAUCGGAGAGGAUGGAAUGAGCCUGAUGUACCAGCGGGUUCAGAGGGUGGAGUGCUCUUCCCCCAGACCAGUGCUGGUGUUGGGUCCAUUAGUGGAGGCCAGUAAGGACAUGCUAGUGAAGGAGACUCCCACCAAGUUCUGUCGCUGUCUGCCUGAGAUUAUGAAGGCAUCUCAGCAGGCAAUAGAACGGGGAGUAAAGGAUUGUGUGUUCAUCGACUACAAACGGAGGAGUGGCCAUUUCGAUGUGACAACUGUUGCAUCAAUAAAAGAGAUCACAGAGAAGGACUGUCACUGUUUACUUGACAUUGCCCUCCACGCCAUCGAACGCCUUCCACAGCGUUCACAUCUACCCAAUUCGGCAUAUUCUAUUCGCUACAAAAAUGCCAAGCGAUGA